AUGACCGUAUGGACAAAUGGUCGGCUUGGAAACCAGAUGGGAGCCUACGCUGUCCUAUAUGGCCUGGCCAAACUCAACGGCUACGAACCCUUCAUAGGAAAAGACGUGUACAAAUUCCUAUCUCCAUUAUUCCAACUCACGAUACCGCUCAUGGACGAAACGAUAGAAAACAUAACCUGGACACGCUUCAACCGGAACGACUGGAUGUCCGACCAUUACCUCAACAUUGCACCACAGUUCGUGAAACUCUACGGUUACUUCUGUUCGUGGACAUUUUUCCACCAAUACCGAAAUGAAAUCCUUCGGGAGUUCAGCUUCCGCGACCACAUCAAGAAACGAUCCUGGAGCACGCUAGCCAAGCUGAAGGGGAAUAGGGAAAACCCCACGUACAUCGGAGUUCACGUGCGACGCGGUGACUAUGUCGAGAUGAUGCCGAGAAUCUACCACGGAGUCGUAGCAGAUAGGACUUACUUCGAGAAAGCGAUGACGUAUUUCAGGAGAAAGUAUCAGGAACCAGUGUUCGUGGUAGCGAGCGACGGGAUAGCCUGGUGCCGCGAGAACAUCGACGCUACCAAGGGUGAUGUCUAUUUCGCCGGAGACUAUAUUGAAUCAUCUCCGGGCUACGACCUGGCACUCCUGGCUCACUGCAACCAUACCAUUAUGACAUUCGGGACCUUCGGCUUCUGGGCCGCCUACUUAGCUGGUGGUGAAACCAUCUAUUUCCACAACUUUACUCUUCCAGAUUCCAAUUGGUGGAAGGUGUUCAAACCUGAGGCAAACUACUUGCCGGAGUGGAUCGGUAUUCAGGCAAACAUCUCUUCCAUUCUUCCGACUUCUACAUGGCAGGCGAAGAAUAAAAUCUAG